AUGCAUCGUCUUCGUAAAGGAAAGAAGAAGGAAGAUGAAGAGGGCGUCCCUCCAGUCCCUCAGCCAACUCCCACUACAAGUCAUAACCCUUUCAAGUGGGGGAGAACCCCAGAGCCUCCUCCAAAACCCCAGCUUGACCUUGAACAUGCGCUGCCUGCUUCGGAUGACUUUCGGACUUCCCUAUUGAUGCCGAACUUAGCACAGCGUUUCAGUAUCUUACAACAGGAAAUGGCCGCUGCUGCUGCGGCAGCAGCAGCUAAUGGAGGGGUGAACCCCAAUGCACCGAUUGGGACCGCGAGUGAUGGGAUGGACGGUUUUAUCUUUACAAAUCCACCGCAAUUCACACCCAUGGGUGAAAUCACCGAAACAUCAUCCAUCGCCGAGACAACAUCAGUUCAGCAGAACCGUUUAACUACAAAGUCGGAAGAAUCUGUAGGUUCAGAUGAGUCCGGUGGCAUCAUGAAUCGUUCCAGGGGUGGAGAGGGAAAUGUCCUCUUUGGAGGAAGGCAGAAAGUGUAUCGGGUGCCAAAUGCCUAUACUAGUGGGAAGGACUCUAUGGAUGAUUCGAAUCCGGGGCCCGCUAUGGGCGGAAGAUCUGUUGGAAGCCACGACGUUCCGGAGGGAUUUGGAAUGCCGAAGCAUAAAAGAGAGCAGCACGAAUCAGAGGAGACCAAUGGAGGUGAAGAUUAUAACAGAAACAGAAACACAAGCUCCUCCACGGGCUCUGCUCCUACCACCAUUACUCGUUCUUCGACUGCUGCAACAUCCGUAGCAUCCAAUAGGAGCCCAUCUGGGACCACCCAAGCUUCAGCACCGGCCUCCCCCCCUCCUGUGGCUCCUGUUGCGACCAAACCUCGUAAAGCGCUAUAUGAACAAGCUUUGGACCAACAGUUACAGGAGCAGCAAACGACAGCAGUUGGAAGGCUAGAAAGGUUGGCUUCCCUGCGAAAGGCAGCUGUUAGCCCGCCUCCAGCGAACAGCUACCAGGGAAGCUUCAGUCCCCCAGGGCUUUUCCAGCAGCCAAAUACCUCGCCCUCGUCGCCAACAUCCCCAAAACAAACCCCUCAAUGGUCCGUAAAUGUCAAGAAGAGCCCAGAUUCUCAGAUGUCUACACCAGAAGAGGAUGAGGAUGAACAAGAUAAUGAAGAAACUGUAAAACAGGGGCAAAAACUUGGGCAGUCACUGUCACCGCACAUGGCACAGUUCAACUUUGGGUUAGAGCCCAGGUCGCAAUCACCAAUUAGCCCUCCGGUAUCUGCCAGUGCAAUUCAAUUUCCUACACAGGGACCUUUUAGUCCUGGAAUCCUCUCGAGAGACCAACCGCAAAGAAAUCCGAGCUCCGAUAAGCUAAACUUACAAAUCAGGGCUUCGCCAAUGAGUGAUAUCAACGACCAGUAUGGACAGAAAAGUUCAAAAACAUUUUUGUCUAUGCGGAGCUCGGCGAGUGAUUCGAGUUAUGACGAUCAAGAGGAGAGUUACAGGGCAGAUGGUAAGACCAGUCCUAUUUCUCGAAAUUCUUUGGACAAUAUUGCGCCUCUACACCCGCGUAAGAACUUUGGAGCACAUCCAACGGAUUCCGAAUACGUGGAAGUAGAGCCGCCAUCUCCAGUGUCUCCAGUUUCCCCAAUUUCGCCAAUUUUUAGCACAAGGACUUCAGAUGACUUCAUGCGUCCCAGCCAACCACUCCGGAAUCCAGCAAUCUCGCCCACUUCGCCCAAGUUUUCGGCCGAUAUGCAGCCAUCAUCUGAGGAUGACUCUCCAACCCUUCCACCGGGUCAAGGCCUUAGUAUGCUCGUUCGCCAGCAUCUUCGUACAGAUUCUGGUCAUUCUUCAGUAUACGCAGGGUCUACAUACACACGCAUGUCACGUGUUUCAAACUAUGGCCCAGGGGCAGCAGCGGCCAAGAGCUCCAAAGAACCCGAUGCGCCAAGGCCUAGUGCUACUUCCGGGAGUAGUGGGGGGAACCUUUGGGAGUUCGAUGAUUGGGAUGGCGGUUACUUUGGAGAGGAUGACGGCCUGCGCGGGGGGGGUCGAGCCCAUCGACUAUCAGUGACAACCCACCAACGCCUGCAGUCCCGCAAAAAGACCCGGGUAGGACGAGGUCUGAAGAAAGAAGAGAUGACGAAGACUUAG